AUGGAGCACGGGGCAGAAAAGGAACGAUCAGGGGAAGACGAAUGCCCGCAUCCCUCGUCCAUGGAGACUGCCAGACUCAUUGACGAGGAAGAAGUCACAGGUGGGAAGACCUGGGUGACUUCGUGGCAGCCAAUAAGAGUGGUCUCUAUGGGAGGCGAGAAAAGAGAGUUCUAUCGCAGUCGGCGACAAUGGUGGCUUCUGCACGGCUGCCUCCUGCUGCUGUCGUCGAUGCUGGCCAUCGUCGGCAUCACGAGCCUUGCCAUGUCUUCCGUGAUCGCCGCAGCAGAGCCACAGCGUGCUCUUGAAGUCAUGUGGUCACCCAUCCUUGACGCCGUGCCCGUGCGAAAGACCCGCUUCAACGAGACUUUCAUGUAUCCGACGAAAUUCCCGUCCGGGUUUUCAAACGGCCUGGCGUCGGAGAAGGAGUGGCGCAGAUGGACGGCAAAUCCAAUGCUGGACGGCCGGAACGGAACAAUCGCCGUGUCUGCGGACGUGGUGGAUAGAAUCAGCCAUCUGUACACUCCGGAGUGGAAGGAGUCCUUGAUUCGGCUGUCUCAUGGAGGCGAGACGAGGUACAUGGGACAAAUUGCCAUGUUCCAUCAUUUGCACUGUCUGAAUAUUCUCAGACACGCUGUACAUCCCGAACUGUAUGGAACUUCCCCAGGGAGUGGCCAUCUUGACCACUGUAUAGAGAGCCUGCGAGAAGUCCUCAUGUGCAACCCAGGCGGCACCGAGGUGAUUUUGUUCCAUUGGAUGGCGGAUUCGGAGAAACCAUAUCCAGAUUAUAAUACAUUCCAUCAGUGUAGAGACCCAGGGGCUGUCUUAGAUUGGGCAUUGGAGAAUGCGGUCAAGAUUAGGGGGCCUUUGACCAAGCCCAAGGGCGUCUUUGCGCUGCAGGAUGCCCCGUAUUGA